GAAAGGACGAAGGGGAAGCAGUGAGCAGCCUGGAGCGAGAGAGAGAGAGAGAGAGAGAGAGAGAGAGAGAGAGAGAGAGAGAGUGAGUAGCGGCCACACGUCCUGCACCGGGGAGGACAGUCAUCUGCAUUCAGUGUGUGCAGUGUGUGAGAACCAACACGCAACUGCACUUUCUGCCCUGGCAGUGCAUGACUGGAUGGCAACUGGAGAUGCGCAGGUAGAAUAAUUGUGCCGUGGAUGUGUCUUACAGUAGGUGUCUAGACAGAAUUUGGGGCUAUUCAGAAGUGACUGUAUAUAAAGACCUGUCUGAUUUCUGCUGGAUCUCUUGCUCCAGUGAGCCAUAGGCAGAUGCCCUUGACUUUCAGUCUUAACAGCAUACAAUAACCUGCUGACAUAAGGAAGAGAGUACCAGGAGAAGAAGGGAAGAUCACAGUUUAAAAGCAAUUUUCGGCUGUGACUACACACAUGAAGUUUACAGCAAGACUCUGCAGCUUCACGGGUGAGCGAAAAAGGCUGAUCCGCUAACAUCAUUUACUUUCUCCCAGCAAUCUACACAGCCCUUCUCAGUUAGCUGUACCUCAUCUGUGGGAAUUUCAAAUUGGACAGAAAAUCCAGUACAGGUUUUGGCUUUUCCCUCUUGAAUUCACAACAUUCUUUCUGGACGCAAUGAAAAGAGGAUUGUGAAGAGUACAGCUCCCUGGCUGACUUGUCUGAGGACCUGACAGAGCUGUGAUUGGGACUAGCAGGGCAAAGGCAACACUUAUAGUGUGGACUUGCUACGUACACAAGGAUAAGAGCAUCAACUCUGCAGCUCUACUGCAAAAGGAAUGGGCUGGUUUGAAGAUCCAAGCUGGCAGCUGCAUGUUUACUUGCUUAUGCUCCUGUCCCUGCAUACCAGAGCGGUAAUCUCUUGUAGUCUCGUGAGAUGACAAACACAGCAUGGCAGAAUGCAACUAUCACAAUCUGACUUGCUACAUCUCUUGGAGAAUGCUGAGUAUUAGGACCAACCCAGUUGAAUAACUCCAAGCUUGCCGGAUUAAAAAAAAUAAAAAAUAGAAUUCUAAAAAUCAGAAGAAAAUUAUGACUACAAACAAAUGCAUCAAAUGUCCCCACAAGGCCACCACCCUACAGGACAAAGUCCCUGUAAAGUCUACCGUCAGUCUGCUCCUGUAUUUGUGAAUGCACUAGAUGGACUAUUAGCAAAUCUUUUUGAUAACAUGCUCCUGAGGAGCUCAGCAAAGCUCAAUGUGGACAGCAGCAGAAAGGAGGACACAGAGAGUACAGCACCUGCCCCUCCACAGAGGCUGCUGUCAUGUUACUGUCAUCACCACUGCCCAGAGGACUCCUUCAACAAUACCUGCUGGACGGAUGGCUACUGUUUCACAAUUAUAGAAGAAGAUGAAUCUGGAGUUCCGGUGAUCACCUCUGGCUGCCUAGGACUAGAAGGUUCAGACUUCCAAUGCAGGGAUACACCUAUUCCACAUCAAAGGCGAUCCAUUGAGUGCUGUACAGAUGAAGACUUUUGUAACAGAGCUCUUCAUCCCACCCUGCCCCCACUCAAAAAUAAAGAUUUUGUUGAUGGCAGUAUCCAUUACAUGGCUCUCCUGAUCUCAGUGACUGUAUGCAGCAUUAUCCUUGCAGUGAUUCUUAUAUUCUGUUACUUCAGGUACAAAAGGCAAGAGGCGAGACCACGUUACAGCAUUGGGCUGGAGCAGGAUGAGACAUAUAUCCCUCCUGGCGAAUCACUGAAAGACCUAAUUGAACAGUCACAGAGCUCUGGUAGUGGUUCCGGGCUCCCUCUGCUGGUACAAAGGACAAUAGCAAAGCAGAUUCAAAUGGUGAAACAGAUUGGCAAAGGGCGAUACGGGGAGGUGUGGAUGGGAAGAUGGCGUGGAGAGAAAGUCGCAGUUAAAGUGUUCUUUACAACUGAGGAGGCCAGCUGGUUCAGAGAGACUGAAAUCUACCAGACGGUGCUCAUGAGACAUGAAAACAUUUUAGGGUUCAUUGCUGCUGAUAUUAAAGGGACAGGAUCCUGGACACAACUGUACCUGAUUACAGACUAUCAUGAAAAUGGUUCCCUCUAUGACUACCUAAAAUCGACCACACUUGAUACCAAGGCAAUGCUAAAACUGGCUUACUCUUCGGUCAGUGGCCUCUGCCACUUACACACUGAAAUAUUCGGGACAAAGGGCAAGCCAGCAAUAGCCCACCGGGACCUAAAAAGCAAAAACAUAUUGGUGAAGAAAAAUGGAACAUGCUGUAUAGCAGAUCUUGGAUUGGCAGUAAAAUUCAUCAGUGAUACAAAUGAAGUGGACAUACCUCCAAACACCAGAGUUGGCACAAAGCGUUAUAUGCCCCCAGAAGUUCUUGAUGAAAGCUUAAAUAGGAACCAUUUCCAGUCUUACAUUAUGGCAGACAUGUACAGCUUCGGCCUUAUCCUGUGGGAAGUAGCGAGACGGUGCAUAUCAGGAGGUAUAUUAGAGGAAUACCAGCUGCCCUAUCAUGAUGUGGUACCGACCGACCCUUCUUAUGAAGACAUGAGGGAAAUUGUCUGUAUCCGAAGGUUGAGACCCUCAUUUCCUAACAGAUGGAGCAGUGAUGAGUGUCUGAGACAGAUGGGAAAACUGAUGACAGAGUGCUGGGCUCACAACCCUGCUUCUCGCCUCACAGCUCUACGAGUAAAGAAGACUCUAGCCAAAAUGUCAGAGUCUCAAGACAUUAAGCUUUGAUUUGUUCCAUCACUACUGCUGCCAUGGAUGCCCAAGGAAGCGGACUAUGUGACUGAUAAUCCUAAAGAGAAAUCACAUUUUUUACACAUUGAACAUCUGUGUUAACCUUGAGCACCACAAGCUCAAAGUACAAAUGCUUAGACUGCUGAAUCACCAGUAACCAUCUGGAGAAGAUUCUGCAGACCCCAUUACUCAGGAUGGUGCACACAGGAAACACGGCUUCAAUGGCAAUGAAACAAUUAGCAUGUUGCUUUCUGUGAAAGCAAAUACGUUUUUAAUUUUUGAAACAAAAAACAGACUUCUUUAAUCUUCUGACAAUAAAAAAGGUCUGAUGUAAAAGGAAGUAUGAUAUAUAUAUCAUAUAUCAUAUGCGUUUUGUCAUGAAAUAAUGGAACAGAAGCUAGAUAACGAUAAUUACAAUAUUCAUGGUCUUUGUUGGAUAUGAAGACAUGUCAAGACUCUUUUUCUGCUAUCUUGUCUUUAUGCCAUUGUAAUAUGUAGUGGGCAAUAUAUGUGUUUAUGUAGUAAGCAUAUGCCUACACUCCAGAACACAUAGAACAAGGCAUACACCACAUACAUUAGUUUCCAUAGAAACCACAUUAAAAUACGAGGGCCACAUUAAAAUAUGUGAGGCCAUAUCCAGUGGUAUACCUAAUGGGCAGCCAAUGUAAAAUGGGUUGUCAUUUAAUCCCAAGAACAGACUUGCAAAGUAUUGUCCCAAUUCUACACAAACAUUCUUUUCUCUUUUCUCUUUUCUCUGUCCAGUUCCAAAACAAAACCUUUAUAUAUUAUCUACCUGUAUUAAUUUAACAAAUUUCCACUUUCACGUCACCAUUUUUUUACCUGUUUUUUUCUGUUAAUUUGCUGGCAUAAAUAACGUAAGAUCAUCUAAAUUUUGGUCAAGGAAUCCAUUUCCACAUUUUCAUUGGUUCCUAAAUAAAAUAGCAAGUUACUUCAU